AUGGAUCACUACGAGCCAUCAUCCAGAAACUCACGGACGUAUCCUCAACGCGAUCGUCCACCUCCUCCGUCUUACCACGACGCGCCUCCCCCACCGUCGGGCCCUCGCAGCGACAUGUUCCAAUUCCGUGGUGCCGCUGCCCGUCCGCCUGCCGACAACUAUCGACCCGGUCCCAGAAGAGACGACUUCAACUUCUCCGCCGGCAACAACGGCCCGUCGUUUGCGCCUUCAAACAACUACCCAGGCGCCAGAAGAGCCCCUCCUAGAGACUCACGUCGCAACGGUCAGCGCAACGCUCGUGGCCGCGGUGGCCCUCGUAGAUUCGGACCCAAGCCUGCUCACGAACGUGAUUUGAUGCGCCACCAGCGCGAACCCACUCCUGACCAACUGGAAGGCAUGAACGAAAGCCGGGAGUCUCGCUUCAAGGUGCUCGACGAUCUCUCUGAUAGCGACAGUGAGGACGAUGACAGCGUCAUGGAACUAGAGGUCGAUGUCCACCAUCCCACCGACGCUUCUGCCCAGCCUUCACUCUCCAAUUAUGCCAGCCACUCCGACGACUCCGAGGAUGAGCAUCCCAGAGCCAAACGUGCUCGAGUCAAGAGCAAGAGUCCCGAGUCUGAACAAGCCAAGCCCAAGUGGUCCAACCCCGAUCCCUACACUGUGCUGCCUCCGCCUGGCGAGUCUGACGCCAAGAAGAAGGAUGUUGUCAAGCUCAUUCGCAAGGCCAAGGUCGAGGCUGCAAAGCCCGCCGCCGCUGCUGCCGAAGGUGAGGACUUCAUCUCGCUCAACUUUGACGACGACUUUGCCCAGAACAACAGCGAUGAUGAAGGUGGUAUCUCACUAUCUGGUUCUAUCAAGGACGAGCCUUCUCUUCCGCACAAACCUUCCUUCAGCCACCUAGAUCACCUUCAUCCCGAUCGCAACCUUGCUCCACUCCCUGCUGUCGAAGAGCCCAAGGGCGUCAACAUGUCAGCGCCUGUACCUUUACCCCGCCUUGAUGUCUGGCCUCCACCAGCAGACGUACAUGGUGACCCUUCAGGCCGCAGCCAGUAUCACACCGGAGUGCAGAGACAAGAAGCUAAGGAUGCAGUGGCUCCGGUUCGCAAGGAAAACACCAAGAAACGCAAGCGUAAGGACGAUGUCACACUUGGCGAUACCAUUGAGGAAUGGAAGGCNCCCGAAGGUACUGAUCCUGCUCCUUGGUUCGCCAACAAGCUCCAAGGCCCUCGUGCUGAACAGUGGCUUCACAACGAGAUCCUUGACUUUUACGACUACGUCAAGCCUCGCGAUUUCGAAAAUCAAGUUCGCGAGGAUCUGGUCAAGCGUAUUGAAAGCGCUGUCCGGAAGACGUUCCCUGACUUGAACGUUCGUGCCUUUGGAUCUUUUGCUUCCGGCCUCUAUCUGCCCACUGCCGAUAUGGAUCUUGUUGCCUGCUCGACCCGUUUCCUGAACGGCGGCUUUGCCAACCCACAGCCAACGAGAAAUUGGAUGUAUAAGUUCGCUAAUUGUCUCAAAAGAGCUGGGAUCGCUAUUGAGUCGUCAGUGACCGUCAUCGCAAACUCCAGAGUGCCUCUGGUCAAGUUUGUCGAGAAAGUGACGGGUCUGAGGGUUGAUGUUUCGUUCGAGAAUGAUAGUGGACUUCUCGCCAACAAAACCUUCCAGGUUUGGACAGAGAGAUAUCCUGCCAUGCCUAUCAUUGUAUCCUUGAUCAAGCAGUUCCUCGUCAUGAGAGACUUCUCAGAGGUCUUCAGUGGUGGUCUUGGUGGCUACUCGGUUAUCUGCCUGACUAUCACCGUACUUCGCGUCCUCGAGGAGCGCAAUGGCCCUGACUGGGACCCCAUGCAGGCUUUGGACGCGGUUCUGAUGAACUUCUUUGUGUACUAUGGUAGAGACUUUGAUGUUCACAAGCACGGAAUUCAGAUGGAACCCUGGAACAUCGUCACCAAGCUAACUUUGUCANNGAAAUCGUGGAGAAACGCCAAAGGCCAGCCAUCCAAACAGGAUAGGCUCCUCAUCAUUGAUCCCAACAAUUACAACAACGACAUCUCUGGAGGAUCUAGUUCCGUAGUCAAGAUUUUUGAGAGAUUUGCCAACGCUUUCAGAGAGCUCAACAUCUGCAUGUCCGAUGCCGAGGACACACACAAGGAGAGCGGUGAUAUUAUCAGCAUUCUUGAGCGUGUCUGGGGUGGCAACUAUGCGCUCUUCGAAGCUCAGCGUUCCCGUCUGAGAGCUGUAUGGCAGCAGAAUAUGGCAAGCGGCAGCAACUUCCCGCGUGGCACCAACAACAACAACAACAACAACAACCAGGGUGGAAACGGUCAUGGCGGCUAUCAAGGUAAUCCAGGAAACCCUCCUGCUGGAAACCAAGGAAUCCAGAAUAAUCAGCCACAACAGGGCAAAAGGCCCGCAGAUGGUGAUUCCAAACCAAGCAAGAAGCAGAAGACGAAUAACGACAACGAGAAGAAGCGUGCACCUUUGCACAUGGAGUAUGACGACCCUACGGGUGAAGUGACAGCAGAAGUAUCAGGCCCAGCAGGGGCCGUUGGCAAGAGGAAGAAGUCAUCUGAUGCAACAGCUGGUGCUCCUCGACCCAAGAAACAGAAAAGCGACGAUAAGAACGAAAAGCAGACGAUAGACGACAAGAGCGAGAAGCAGAAGAUACACGAGGAGAAAGACCGUGCGAAGACUUUCAAGAAGAACCAUCCCGGCGUGACUGGUAUACCGGACAGAAUGGACAAGAUCCUGUUCAAGCAACUCACCAAGAAACACGGCAAAGACACCAAUCCAAAGCCGAAAUCCAAGAAGAAGCACAAUUAG